AGUCCGACCGAGGAGUGACUCGUCGGCCGCAGAUGACACCACACUCUGCGGGCUACCCGCCCGCGCAUUGGAACGACGCUUGCUGAUCCUCGUUUUCGCAGGUGGCUCCGCUGCAUUUGUCUCCUCUGUAACGGGCUGGUCACGAGCUCGCUUCCCGCGACCAGAACGAGUAGGUGUCUUCUGACGCCCGAUGGUGGGGCUCAGUGGUUCGACUUCUGGUCUAGGAGUCGAUGCUGAAGGUUGCAGAGGCGAUGGUCGAUAUUCAACUUUCCACAGUGGUCGCACCUUGGGCCUGGGUGGCGUUGCUAGAGCAGACACAACAUCUGAAACCAGUCGCGAAGUCUGCGAAGGCAAUCCGCGCGGUGCUGUCGCAGGACCAAUAUUUGGUUGUGAAGAGUAGGACACUGAUCGCUGCUGCUGCCCAGGUGUGUAUUGGGACCGAUUUUGUUGAGGCUGUAUUGGCCGGUGGUGGUCUUGGGCUGGCAAUGUGAAUGGAGCUAGCAUGUAGCCACCU